UUCCCCUCGCCGCUCCGACCCCUGAGCCCCCCAUUCCUUCCCCCAAAUCGCCCCCUAAAACCCUAGCCUUUCGCCAUGGCCGCCUCUUCCUCCUCCGCUCCCACCGCCGCGGCGGCAGCGGCCGCGGCCGAGGCCACUGACGGGCCGGUCCUCAGCGUGGUCUCGAAGCGCCUCCGCGCGCUGCGGAAGAAGUACAACCGCAUCACGCAGAUGGAGGAGUCUCUCGCCGCCGGCAAGAAGCUCAACCCCGAGCAGGAGGAGGUGCUCCGCUCCAAGACCGUCGUCGUCGCCCAGAUCGAAGAGCUCGAGCGCCUCCGCGCCCCGCUCGCCUCCGCCCUCGCCGAGGAGCUCUCCUCCCGCCCCGCCCCCGCCCCCGCCCCCGCUCCCGCCGCCGCCGCCGCCGCUUCCUCCUCCGACUCGGAUUCGUCCGUCCUGGACUUCCUCCCGCUCGUCUACUUCGGCUCCCUCUUCGACGUCAAGCAGCAGGGUGACUUCGUCGCCACGAUGGUCGCGCGCACGCACGAGCGCAACUGCUGCAUCACCUAUGACUACGUCACGGAUGAUGCGGCGGACCUGCUCGCGGAGACCGAUCUGGACGCGGUUUCUGCCCUUGCAUCCCUCGCCGCGUCGCGCCCAGCUUCUGCGGCUGGAGUCUCCCACCGUGACGCCCUCCAGGCUUGCGCCCAUCACGCCCGCCUCUGGCUCCGCCGUGCGGAUGAGCCCAUCCACCCUGACUCCACCGUCACAUAUGCUGGGGUGAGGGAAAAGCUGGAGAAGAUCAUGUCAUUGGACUACUACACAGCACAGCCAGAUAUAAGGGCGGCAGAGGCUGUGGCUGCUGCAGUGGGGAAUUAUGGAGCAGGAGGUGUUCAGGCCCAGGAGAGCAUGGUUGUGUCACCUCAGGCUUCAGAAGAAGCAGAGGAGAGCCUGGCUGUUGAAGGACAUAAGGGUGAGAAGGAAGAACCUCAGGCUACAGAAAUCUACAUUGACCAUCAGGCUCCUGCAGUUGAUGCUCAACAUGUGGAUGAUGAUGCGCUGGUGAACCCAACUGAUGAAGCCCCUUCAGCUGAGGCAGAGCAGGAGAGGUUUGAUGCUGAUGUGGAGGAUCAGGAACAAAAAGACCAACAGUUCAUCCAGCGGCGGUCUUACCAGAACCAGCGUGGUGGUGGUCGUGGUGGCAGGAGGGGCUACCCUAAUGGUCGUGGAGGACGUGGAGGCCGAGGUGGUGGGUACCAGAAUGGCCGUGGUGGAGGUGGUGGGUACCAGAAUGGCCGGGGUGGGGGCGGGGGCGGCGGCGGGUACUACUACGAACAAGGAUACUACCCGCCAAGGAACUACAGCAACAACAACAGAGGCCGUGGUAGUCGCGCUGGGGGUGGCAACUCUUACUACAACAACCACGGUGGAAGCGGGCAGGGAGGUGGCCAUGGGAGGGUUGAGCUGGGUGCUAACGCCUAGCUCGCUGACUGUUUUGCUUGAGUGAGGGAGGGGGAGCCAUUUUGUUAUUAUAGAACUAACUUAGCCUGGUAUUACGAGUCACCGUUGGGCCCCAUCUGUGAGUUAUUUUGCUACACCAAUGACUGCAUAUGGUUGGUAGGUAAUCGUUCUUGGUGGGUCGGUAAUGCGGAAGUACUCUGGGAAAGUAGUUUGAGGUCAUAUUCUUAAGUUACCUCUUCAUGUGUUCAUAUGCCCUUA